AAACACCACACCUCCGGCGCGUGCUCCUCCGCCCCUCCUUGCCCACCUCGACCCCGACCCCGACCACGAUUCGCUCCUCCGCCGCUCCUCCCUCGUCGUCCACCUCGACGCCGAGCUCGCUCCUCCGCCGGAACCACUGCCGAGAGCAGCUAAGGGAAACCUAGAAUAGGUGGUGUUAUCUGGCUUUGAAUUGCUGUCUAAACAUUUCUUGAUCCUCACUCAUCAGAAACUUAAAGCAUGAGUUCCUAUCGCGUGAAGUGGAAUGAGGACAAUCUGUAUGAGAUUGAAUCAAACAAGCCAGUGAGGCAGAAGAUAACCGAGCCCAAGACACCGUAUCACCCUAUGAUGGAUGAAGAAGAUGGGUCACUAUCACCAACACGCCCUUUCGACAAGUGUCUAGAUGAGACUGUUAGUGCUGAAGCUAUAUUGACUGCUUUAAAUGGUGUGGCCUCUUCAAGUAAAAAUGAUUCAAAGGAUGAUGAGUGGGCAUCCUCAGAUGAUGAUGCAGAUGCCAUGGAACAGGAUGAUGACUCAGAAGCUGACAGAUCAUCAGUGAGUUUCAAAGAGCAUCGCCGCAAUCACUACGAUGAAUUCCGCAAGGUCAAAGAACUGAUGCGCACUGGAUCCCUGGUUGAAGAUGAGGCCCGUGUGAAUGAGCGAGCUGCAAACAACGCCGAAGACAAAACUGCAGGAGAGAAGGCAACAGGUGACAAGAGUGAAUCGUCAGCAUCACCUCAAGUAUGAGCCAUAAAGUGAAUUCUGUGGUCGCUAAGCCUAGGGAAAGUUCAACUAAGCGGGAGCAUGCAGUUUGCGCCUGCUCUGUGUGUAUUGUUGGAUCCUUGUUUUCAUGCCAGAUCGGAUGAUUUUCUGUACGCAAAGAACCUGUUCCUCUUUCUUAUUUUGAGAUGCCGCGGUGCCUAAAAUGGUGGAGAAUUCUAGUUGAACUAGCUACUUCACGUUCAGUCAGGAGGCUAGAAUUUGCCUGGGCCGCUUUUUAUAAUACUGGAACUGAGUUAUAUGGACAACCCUUGAGCAAUUUUUCUUCUUGAGAUCAUGCUUUACUGCUUA